AUGCAUAAGCGACCUUUUGAUAUACGGGACUCAAAUAGAAUGUUAGACGGUUGGACUAAAUUGCCGAUAGCGAAAUAUUUGUGUGGGACGUUGUCGUCUAUAUCGAUGAAUUAUGCUUGGUCUUUUUUGGGUAUUAAGCUGUUUGCAACAGUUGAGGCGAAAGAGGGUUUGUUGAUAUCCGUGUUGAUAGAGCUGUCUGAAGUGUUGACGUUGGGUGAAUUUUUUGGUGGGGACUGA